AUGCGCAGCUUGAAUCGUUUUCGCUUGAUAACCUUUGAUGUAACAAAUACAUUAUUGCAAUUUCGCACCAGUCCUGGCAAGCAAUAUGGUGAGAUUGGAGCGCUUUUUGGCGCACGCUGUGAUAACAACGAACUGGCCAAGAACUACAAGGCCAACUGGUACAAGAUGAACCGCGACUAUCCGAACUUUGGCAGAGAAACAUCGCCGCGACUUGAAUGGCAGCAUUGGUGGCGUCAGCUGAUAGCAGGCACUUUUGCUGAGAGCGGCGCACCUAUACCCGAGGCAAAGUUGGACGACUUUGCCAAUCAUUUGCUUGAGCUCUACAAAACUUCGAUCUGCUGGCAGCCAUGCAAUGGCAGCAUUGAUCUGCUCAAGCAAUUGCGACAGCAUGCACAGUCCGGGAAACCAUGUCGUGUGGGUGUUGUGGCCAACUUUGAUCCACGUCUCGAUGUGCUGCUGCGAAACACAAAGCUGGAGCAAUACCUGGACUUUGCUCUCAACUCUUACGCUGCUCAGGCGGAGAAGCCACAAGCUGCCAUCUUUGAGCGCGCCAUGGCCGAGUCGGGAUUGAAGGAAUUGAAGCCAGCGGAGUGUUUGCACAUUGGCGAUGGACCAACCACAGAUUAUUUAGGCGCCAGGGAGGCGGGUUGGCAUGCGGCUUUGGUGCAUGAGAAGAGCUAUUCGUAUCUGGCCAAGAAAUAUGGUGUGGACAUUAAUCGCAAUCAUGUCUUUCCCAGUCUCUAUGAUUUCCACAAGAAACUGAGCGACGAUGCUGUUGUUUGGUAG